AUGAGCACGACGGCAUCGCUUGACAAUGUGCCGUUGACCGCCAGAGAUGGAGCAGCACCAGCUCUUUCCGUCGAGUCAGCAACGUCUCCACUCCGCACAUCCCCUCAAGUCUUUUUCGUAAAGCAACUCACGGUCCAAUUCUUUUUCUCUCGGAAUACACUGCUCUCCAUCUCGCUGGAUGCCGUAUCGGUAGCCACCCAACCAGAAGAAUGGAAUGUAUCCUCCAAACAGGCAGUAUUGGACGAGGAGGAUUUACCUCCCGGAACGGAGUUCGAGGCCCUAGACACUGUGGACGAGAUUAUUUAUUUUGAUAUCGGGAAACUGCUAGAAGACCAAGUGGAGGAUGCCUCGCUUAUUUUUCAGUUCAAUACUCGAACCGGGGUGCAUGUCUUUCAGGCGUUAUCUGAAGAGCAAAAGGCCGAGAUUGCCGCGUGUGUGAGGAAGGCAACGUCAGAAAAACAUGCAAUGCCGCUGGAAGUUGAAGCAAAUGACCAGGACGAGGAGACUGUCAGCAGUAUUGAACACUCUCUCGAACAUUAUACAACACUAUGCGAUACCUACGAAGUCCAACUCCAGUCAAUCAAGUCUCUCGAGUCUAAAUGGACUGAAGUCCACGAAACAAAUACCACACUUGUCGAAAUGCUCGAAGAAAUGCAACACCGAAACGAAAUGCUGGCGGCGCGAUUAGAGGAUGCAAAUAGAUCAAGUCAAGAUGCUGCCGAUAAAAUUGCAACAAUGCAGAGACGAAUGGAUGAAAAGCGGAGAUUGUUGAAGGAAAAGGGCGAGCUGUUACAGAGAAUUGGAGAGCGAAUCACUAAACCCGAUGAUGGGAUACGGCUGCAAUGGCGACAUGUAGCCGCAGGAGCUGGCGCCCUCCUUUUCACAGCAUUCGUCGCCCAUUAUAUAUGGCUCGUACUCGUCUUCACGCGUACAAUGCGAGGUUGA